GGAGAUAAAUAUAGAGGGGUGAUAUAAAAAUCUCGGUAUGGGGAAUGGAAAUUGUUGCAAGCAGAGGAAAAUAAUCAAUAAUCAACGUAGACAAAGUUUGAACAAGUACAAUACAGGGGGAAAGAGUGAAUUAAAUAUAUACUGACAAAUGUUAUAUAUCAUUUUUUUGUCAUAUCAUGUGCAAUGCAAUUUGAUUGCAGUUCCCCAGUGUACGUGUUGAGCUCAAUUUCUGAAGGUAACUACAUCAAAGGUGCCGCCCAAGCGCAGCGCCAGUGAACUACAGCAAGAUCGACGACGUGGUUUCCAUUGCAUUGCGAGUAGAUUCUAGUCGGAGUCUUGUUCAUCUAUUCCGUCUGAAGUGUGUGUGCUGUCUUGAUUCUGAAUGAAAUUGUAGUCUAGAUGAUAGAUCUGACGAAGAAAUACGGGCAAUUUUAGACAUAUCAGAUUACUAGACAUUUCUACAUAAUAAAGGAGAGAUAAAUAGCAUGGCAGAAAAACCAUCUCAGGGGCAGGGAUCACCGGGAAGCAUCCCUCGUGGGCUUAUCAACAGACGAGGGAGUGUCAUCAAACCAAGUGAACGAUUGCCCUCUCUACGCACGCGUGACCUGACUCUAGGAGGCAUACCCAAGAAAUCUUUCAAACCUAAUAUUCCAACAAGGCGAGACAAAAGUAAAGAUGACAGAGGAGAAGCAGCAUCAUCUUCAUCAUCACCAUCUACAUCAAGAAGGUCCGGAGAUGGGGAUAGGGGUGGAAGAGGAGGCAGAGGAAGGGGAAGAGGAAAGGGGAGAGGUAGGGGGAGAGACAGGACAGAGUUUAUCCAGUCCCAUUCAUCCAUUUUUGAGGGAGGCCCAACAGAGAGAAUGAAUGCAAGAGCUUCUUCCAAGGUGUUUGAGCAGCCAAGUUUUCGUGGAGGAGGAGGGGGAGGAGGAGAUGGAAAGUUCUCCUCUAGGGGCGGCAAAGGUGGCAACAAGAAGAACAUGAAUGGAACUGGAGACUUCGUUGGGGAUAGCGAUCUUCUGAGAGAACUUGUCAGAGAUGAUUUCAUCAGUGACCUUGGAGAUUCAACCGAAGAUGAUAGAUAUCAACCCAUUUCAUUACCCAUGGCUAAACCAUUCAAACCUCUUAAAACACAAUCAGUGAAGGAUGAAAAGAAACCAAUUAUCAAAGAAGAAGAUUUGGAUGUGAAGAUGGAGACUGAUGAUGUGCAAGCUGAUGAAGAUGUCAAAGUCAAGCUUGAACCCAAGGAUGAAGUCGACGAGGACAUGGACACCUCGGAUGAGAAGAAACCAAUCUCCGGCCUUCUACCACCGGUCUCCAUCUCGGAUGCCUUCCAAGAUGACUUUGACACUGGAAGGGUCACCUGUGCGACAAUCUUCAGCAGGAGGCGGAAGUCCAAGGAAGAGCCCCUGUUCUUCCAGCUCCCAGACACUCUGCCUGGUCUACCGAUAGUGGAGGAGGAAGAGGAAGACAAGAAGCCCACUAUUUCAGCAAGUGGGGGUGUUGAGAAGCCAAGCAGUAGCUCAAAAAAGAGACCCUGCACACUGAAGGAUCUACCAGAGGGGUUCUUGGGUAAGCUCCAAAUCUUGAAGUCGGGCAAGACGAGACUGGUCCUCACUAACGGGGUCACUCUGGAUGUUUCUAUGGGAACACCUUCCGGCUUCCUUCAGGACCUGGUUUCCAUUCACAUCCGAGAAGGAGGAGAGGAGAUGAGUGAGAUGCUGACCCUGGGGCACAUCAAGCAUCGUGUUAUAUGCACUCCAGACUUUGAGAGCUUACUAUCUAUGCCCACCUGAUGAAAACCCCUCUUUAUAAUGGACAGAAAGGAUUUUGAACAUUUUCUUCUUCUACGAGUCAAGCUGUGGAGACAGACAGCUCAAGGGAAACCAGAAAAGCAGAGAUUAUAGUUCCUGAUCAACAGAAAGGAUUUUGAACAUUCUAUUCUUCUACAAGUCGAGCUGUGGAGACAGUUACCGGUAACUCAAAGGAAACCAGAAAAGCAGUUAUUAUUGACAGUUGGUUGAUGCGACAGGUGUUAUAUGAACAACAUCUUUAAAUCCCCACAGCACUAAUUGUAGCUACUUGCGUCCUCUAUGUAGCAAACAAUGACCAAGCGGUGACCAUUGGUCCCCCAUGGUCCCCUUUU